UGUGGUGACAAGGCCUUAGGCUAUAAUUUUGAUGCCAUAACCUGUGAAUCUUGUAAAGCUUUCUUCAGAAGAAAUGCAUCUAAAAAUAAGGGGUAUAACUGUAGUUUUGAGGGAAAUUGUAAACUUGAUCCACAUACCAGAAAGUUUUGUUCAGGAUGUCGAUUAAAGAAAUGUUUCUCUAUUGGAAUG